CUGUGAGCUCUCCAGGACAGAGUGAGUCGCAGGAGAGAGAGGAAGCCGAGUAUGAAAAUUCUUCUGGGGCUGCACUCAGCAACUCCUCUGCAGCGCGAAUCUCAUGGGACCCUCUGGCCACUUCCCACCUACAAGAUAUCGCGUGCAUCUCGGAGUCUGGCCGAGCUACAGGCUUUACCUCUCUGGAAGACAAGCGGCUUGUAACCCCAGCUUCUUAGAAAGGACCUCCCUGUGGCUUUCGUUUCCUGGCUGAUUUCUCCUCCGGGUGUGGUAGCCCCAUCUACCCCUGGGUGCCGUGACUGAUUGUCAAGGUGAUGAGGUUGAAGGCACAGCCACUGGGUCAGUGGUAGCACACAGAUAAGCACCUGUUCCUUGGUGGGGACUCCAGGGGCCACUGGGCACCCCGGACACCUGUCCUCCCUGCAGUAUGGACAACAGGUCAUGCUGCCUCCUUGAGGGGGACCUCAUCUCUCAGUUGAUGCCACCCCUGCUCAUACUGGCCUUCGUGCUUGGCGCCCUGGGCAAUGGGAUUGCUCUGUGUGGUUUCUGCUUCCACACGAAGACCUGGAAGCCGAGCACCAUUUAUCUUUUCAACUUGGCCGUGGCUGAUUUCCUCCUCAUGAUCUGCCUACCCUUCCGGACAGACUACUACCUCAGAGACAGAAACUGGGCCUUUCAGGAUCUUUCCUGUCGCCUGGUGCUGUUCAUGCUGGCCAUGAACAGAGCCGGGAGCAUCGUCUUCCUGACAGUGGUGGCCGUGGACAGGUAUUUCAAAGUGGUCCACCCCCACCAUAUGGUGAACACCAUCUCGAACCGGACUGCAGCUGGCACCGUCUGCGUCCUUUGGACCUUGGUCAUCUUGGGAACUCUGCAUCUUUUGAUGGAGAGCCACCUGUGUCUACAGAAGAAUGCCACGUCUUGUGAGAGCUUUAUCAUGGAGUCGGCGAACGGCUGGCACGACAUCAUGUUCCAACUGGAGUUCUUCCUGCCUCUGGGCCUCAUCGGGUUCUGUUCCUUCAAGGUGAUCUGGAGCCUGAAGCAGCGGCAGCAGCUGGCCAGACAGGCUCGGAUGAGAAAGGCUAUCCGCUUCAUCAUGGUGGUGGCUGCUGUCUUUGUCACUUGCUAUUUGCCUAGCGUCCUGGCCAGACUGUAUUUCGUCUGGACGUUGCCCUCCAGUGCCUGCAACGCAUCUGUCCAUGUGGCCCUCCACUUCACCCUCAGCUUCACCUACAUGAACAGCAUGCUGGACCCCCUGGUGUAUUAUUUUUCAAGCCCCUCAUUUCCCAAAUUCUAUACCAAGCUUAAAAUCCAUCAUUUGAGACCCAAGCAGCCAGGACCCUCAAAGUCACAGAGGAUGGAGGAGAUGCCAACUUCUGACCUCUGUCGUAAGAGUUGCGGCAGCGUGACAAAUAGUGUCCAAAGCCAGCCAGAUGUUCAGGGGGACCUCCAAGUGUGUUGAAUGGCACUAAAACAAACAGGUCAGCAAUGUCAAGGAGGUUAGAUGGCCACUUUGAGUUAAUUCAUGCUCAGGGGUGGGGGACCUUGAAAAUGCUACCACCCCUUCUUAGCUGUAUCUUUUUUACUCUGUUGGAAGUGAAACCCACGUUCCUCUACCUUGGGGAAGGUUCCAGUAGGUGGAAGUGAGUGUGUUGCGUUUGUGUAAUCUGAUUACAGUGAUAGGGGACAGGAUGGGCAUGUGUGUUGGUUAGGAAUUGCUCAGCUCCUGUGUAAUUUUAAACGGAUGAGGAUACAGGUAUGAAUCAUUACUGGGUCAUGUUCUUGCUCUGGGGGGAAGUUAUUGAACUUAAUGAUAUAUUGCUAUUUCCUAUUCUUUGACCUUAAACCCUUACUUAUUUUGAAAAAAAAGGAACUGAACUGAGUCAAUAAAUAAAAUAAAAGGAACUGAACUUCUAUUUUAGGCUGAGAGAGGCUCUUUAAAUCAGGAUGUCUUGGUUCUGAUGAUUUUCAUCUCCUUUUGGGCCCCUCUGUAUAUUUCUUUGUCAAUGUCUUGACUUCCAGGUAGUCCAAGAAGGUGCUAAAGGACAGGCACCUUCCCUGGUUUCCCCAGGGCUUGCUGAGAGUUUGAAAGCCUGCUGUCCUUUCGCAUGUGCUAAAUCCAGUAUAAGUGCUUUUGACUGCUUGUUAUGUACGUGUGGAUUGAAAUCAUUUUUUCUUUCUUCUUCAAAUAUUUACUGAAUUUGAAUUUAGUAUCGGACAUCUGUGUCCCUUGUGCCUGGAGGGUUAUUACUCUACUCUUGCGUGCCAGCAGUUUUGGGAGGAGUAGCGAUGUGUAAGACCCUCACCCUUUCACUGAAAAUCGUUUCUAGACCAUGCAAACAUCACAGUUUUUCUCUCACGGUGGCUCUAGCUUGUGCAUAAGGUGUUUCCAAAUAGGUUUCUGGAACCCUCAAAACCAGAUGAUUCUGUGAAAUGACAGGCUGCUCCUCCCUUGAGUUAAGGGAAGGGAAUCCAGGCCAAACUCAGCUCUAUUCCCAAGCCACAAAGUGGUGAAAGUAAUUCUCUAUUCUUCCACUUACACCGGCUCUAAUUCCCAGGGUAGUCUCCCCACUUAAGGACUUUGCCAACAUUUCGUUCUUUAGCCUGAAAAGACCCGGGGGAGACUGGCUUAUUACUUCCUUCUUCAGAGGCACUGCACAGCCUGGCAAUCAAAGGAACAAUCUGUAGAGAGUCUGACGGAUCUAAUUUUGAAUCCCAACUCAGCUACUUCGUAAACAUGUGAUUCUGGGGCAGAUUUUAAACUGCUUUCAACUUCAAUUCCCUUAUCUGUCAACAGGGUUAACAAUAAUAAUGACCUUCAGGAACUGGGGUUGUGGCUCAGUGCUACAGCACUCACCUAGCAUGUGCAAGGUGCUGGGUUCGAUCCUCAGCACCACAUAAAUAAAUAAAUAAAUAAAUAAAUAAAUAAAUAAAUGUAUUGUGUUCAACUACAACUAAAUAGAAAAUAUAUUUUUUUAAAAAAAAUAACGACCUUCAAAGGGUCAUUGGACAGAUUCAAUGGAUUCAAUCCUGAAGCACAAGGACUUUAUUCACCGUUAUGUCCCCAGUGCCUAGAAGAACACCUGCACAUAGUAAGUGCUCAAAAAAUAAUUGUUGAAUGAGUGCAUGAAGAAGCACAUAUGAAUCACGAAGCUCUAUGUCUGCCAAUAAGUGCUCAAUGCUAUGACUUAUUCCCUGAAUACAUUUUAUAUAUAAAGAAACUGAAGCCAGGUGUGUCGGCACAUGCCUGUAAUCCCAGACAGGAGGAUGGAGAGUUCAAAGCCAGCCUCAGCAACUUAGAGAGGCACUAAGCAAUUCAGUGAGACCCUGUUUCUAAAUAAAAUACAUAAAGGGCUGGGGAUAUGGCUCAGUAAUUUAGUGCCCCUAAGUAGUUCAAUUCCUGAUAGGAAAGAAAGAGAGAGAGAGAGAGAGAGAGAGAGAGAGAGAGAAAGAAACUGAGACACAGAAGUGAUCUCUCUGUGGUUAUGAGCCCCUAAGUAGCCACCCCAUUAUCUCUUACUCUGCAGCUGCUCAGCCCAGGGAGGGGUUAAGGUUAGGAAUUUUCUUUUCUUUUCUUUUAAUACUGAGGACUAAAAUUCAGGGUCACACACAUGCCAGGCACAGCACUCUACCACUGAACCACAUCCCCAACCCUUUUUCUAAUUUUAUUUUGAGAUGAUGCCUCACUAAAUUGUCCAGGCUGACCUCGAACUUACGAUCCUCCUGCCUCAGCCUCCAGAGUACCUGGGAUCACAGGCAUGCGCCACUGUGCUUGGCUAAGACAGGGAUUCUUAUCAGCAUCAAAGGACCACAAGCCUCCCGACAGAAAUCUGUGAAAACCCCGUGCUUCUGCUUUUAAAAUUCUAUUUUGGGUUAUAACUCUUUCCUGGUCUGCUGCUUUGUUGCUUCAUCUUAAUAAAAAUGUGUUUUGAAAGAAA